CUGUAAUUCAUUUGAGCUGCAUACCUGUCACAACUCACAAGGUGCACACAUCUGCAUGUUGCAUGCGAAUUGACAUGUUUUUAUCUCAGGAUUUAGUUCCUCCUAAUUAGGUUCUCUGCCUGAUUAUUGCUAAGACACUUCCUUCUAUAAUCAUUUUCCAGGGCCAAUACAAGUCAACUUUGGUCUGCCCAGUCUGUGGAAAGGUUUCAGUGACUUUUGACCCGUUCAUGUAUCUUUCCUUGCCCUUACAAUUUGCAUCAACCCGGAGCAUGACUACCGUGGUUUUUACUUGUGAUGGAAGUGUUCCACCAACACAAUUCACUGUAAAUGUACCGAAGCAAGGUAGGUGCAGGGAUCUAUUACAAGCCCUUGGCAAUGCAUGCUCACUUAAAAAAGUGGAGAAACUUCUAAUUGCCGAGAUACGGAAUCAUAAGAUCUACCGUUUUCUUGAUGAUCCAGUGCUUCAACUGUCUACAAUAAGCGAUGAUGACCGACUGGCAGUAUAUAGGCUCCCGAAACUGGAAAAGAGGGCCAAUUAUAUUCAGUUUGUGCAUCGCCGUGAAGACUUGGAUCAUGCAAACAAUAACAGUUUGGCAUCUUGGAAACCCUAUGGUGUUCCUCUUCUUGCACAAAUACCUCGCAAUGAAACUGUAACAGGUUUUGAUAUCCAUGAGUUGGUUCAUAAAAUGCUUGUGCCCAUGCUAAGAAAUCAGGACUCACCACAGUUGGCUGCCCAAAAUUCUCCCUCCUUGCAUAGUUAUAAUACUGACAGCAGCAAAUUGCAGCUACAAUUGAUUGAUGAUAGCAACACAGUCAUAGGAAAAUUGAAUGAUUCUAUCAGGGUCCCACAAUCUUCACUUGCAACAAUAUUUUUUAUCAAUUGGUCCAAGGAAGAUAUGAAAAAGAUUAACACUGAUCAUUUAGAAUACCUUCCAGAGGUGUUUAUGUAUGCUCCUCCUGCCAAGAGGAGGAUUAUUUGCUAUUAUGUACUCGCAUAGGAUUAUUGUAAAUGAGCAUUUGGGAUGGACAUUUCCUACAGCUACAGUUUAUUUUAAUCCUGCAAAAAAAAUCUGGCUACUACAUAGUUGCUUUUUCUGGUUUCAGUUUCACUAGCAUCAUGUGUUGAUUUUACUGAGUUCUGAUGGUAGUCAUGUAGGGUGAACUUGCAUUAGCUUUUGGUGAGCUACUGAGAAAACUCUGGGCUCCUGGAGGACGUGGCCCAGUUUCUCCUAGACCAUUCAAAAUGAAGC